UGCCUUGUGGUGUUUACCAUAUUUCUGAGAGUAUAUUUGAGGUUAGGUCCAGUAUGUUGGUGGUCUACUGUUAUAUUAUUUUGUUUCGCUGUUUGUAUCAAAAGUAAUAUUUUAAUAUAUUUUGUGAGAUUUCUGGUUUAUUUAUUACCAUUUUUUUAUUUUAAGAGGACUCAGUUACUUUUUAACUGUUAACCUUAAUGUGGAGUUGGAAUAUAUUGUAGUGUUUACGAAAAUGUGUAUAGGUCUUAGAAAGUAUUUAUUUUACUUUGCCAAUGAACACACUGAAUUCCGCUUACCGGAAAUAAAGGCGAUUGCCUCUCUGUUCAAGAUACCUCUGAAAUGGGUUGAAGAGCCUAGCAAUGAGCCAUUUUGGCUUGCGGAGCUGCCAUCGGAGGAGUCGGCUCAGCUUAUAGCCUCAAGGUCAGUCAGUGUGCGUCGAAUAGUGCACUUGUGGGCCAGUGCCUCUAAGGUCUCUGACCUUCACAACCAGCUGAAGGACCAGGAGCAGAGUAUAAAGCCUUUCUUCUCACCGAACAAGACUUUCAAAAUUAAAGUUGACACAUUUUGCAAUCAUCAGACCCAAUCAGAAAAGCUGGAGAAGAUUGAGUCAUUCGCAUACCUACCCAUCCAAGGAUCAGUGAAGUUGAAGGAUCCAGAUCUGACUCUCCAGUAUUUCGAGCACUAUGGGAUGGACCCUAACAACAGGCCCAGUGAACCACACAGGAUUUUCUUUGGCAGAGUUGUGGCCCAAGGACGACGGGACCUGAUGACACAACUGAACCUCAAGAAGCGCAAGUUCAUCGGGAACACCAGCAUGGACGCUCAGUUGUCGCUAAUCAUGGCCAACAUUGCACAAGUACAGCCUGGUGAUCUUGUACUAGACCCCUUCGUCGGCAGUGGCUCCCUGUUGAUAGCAGCUGCAAGCUUUGGUGGCUACGUAUUUGGAUCAGACAUUGACUUUUUGAUGCUCCACGCCAAGACAAAACCUACCAGGAAACAGGACCGGUUCAAAGGGCGGCAGGUAGACGAGAGUGUGUUUGCCAACUUCUGCCAGUACCAGCUGACUAGUCACUACAUUGACGUGGUAGUGGCAGACGCCUCUUUGCCUUUGUGGCGAGAUAGACUCACAGUGGACGCCAUCAUCACUGACCCUCCUUAUGGCAUCAGGGAAUCAAUAGAGAGGGUCGGAACAUCGCGAGAGAUGAUUGCCGUUUUAGAGGAGAAUCAGGCAUCGCACAUUCCAUCCAAGACCGACUACAACAUGGAGCAGCUCUUGUCGGAUCUGUUGUGUUUCGCUGCAAGUCACCUGCGGGUAGGAGGGCGACUAGUCACGUGGAUACCGAUUUUCCGCAGUGACUACGACGCCAGCUGUCUGCCUUCCCACCCCUGUCUCAGGCUAGAAGCCAACUGUGAGCAGAUAUUGUCCAUGGUUGCCUCUCGCCGUCUGCUCACCUACUCCAAGUUGCGGGAACCUCAAGGAGAGGAGCUCAAUCCGAUAAUGAGCCUUGGGGAUCUAGCCAGCUUCAGGGAUAAGUAUUUUCACCACAUGGAAGAGGCGAGAGUGGAACGUAAAAGGAAGAAAAUUGAGCAUGCUCUACAGAGAUAAAUGUUAUUAAAUGGACAAAAAAAUUACAGAUUUGUAUAUAUAAUAAACCAUACCUCAUAGAAA